ACCAACGGGCUCACACUAGCUCGCUCCAGCCCCCGCGCACGCACAAAACCCACUCGAUUCCGCCAAAGCCCACGCGAUUCUCGUCAGUUCAGCAGCGCGAUGCAAGGUCUCGCCCCGCCCAGCUCUGCUUCCAUACACCGGCACCCGUCGGCCCGGUCGAGAGCGAGAGCCCCCAAUUCGGUGAGGUUCUCGGCCCGGGCGGUCAGCUCGGUGCCGCACGCGCCCGCCGACGCGCCGUUCGACGCGGCGCCGCUGUCGCUGUCCACUAAGCCCGCCAUUGGCGUCGCGACGCCCGCGACUAUGCCGGCCUCGCCGCGGAAGGCGGAGAAGAGGCUCAACUUCUUCCAGCGAGCGGCGGCGAUGGCGCUCGACGCCUUCGAGGAGGGGUUCGUGGCCAACGUCCUCGAGCGCCCGCACGGGCUGCCCAAGACAGCCGACCCGGCCGUGCAGAUCGCCGGCAACUUCGCGCCCGUCGGGGAGAGGCCGCCGGUUCACGAGCUCCCUGUCUCCGGGCGCAUCCCGCCCUUCAUCAACGGCGUGUACGCGCGCAACGGCGCCAACCCGUGCUUUGACCCCGUCGCCGGGCACCACCUCUUCGACGGCGACGGCAUGGUGCACGCGCUGCGGAUACGCAACGGCGUCGCCGAGUCGUACGCUUGCAGGUUCACGGAGACAGCGCGGCUCAGGCAGGAGCGGGCGAUCGGCCGCCCGGUCUUUCCCAAGGCCAUUGGCGAGCUGCACGGCCACUCCGGGAUCGCGCGACUUGCUCUGUUCUACGCGCGCACCGCCUGCGGCCUUGUCGACCCAUCGGACGGCACCGGCGUCGCCAACGCUGGUCUCGUGUACUUCAACGGCCACCUCCUCGCCAUGUCCGAGGACGAUCUCCCGUACCACGUGCGCGUCACCGCCGACGGCGACCUCGAGACCGUCGGCCGAUACGACUUCGACGGGCAGCUCGGUUGCGCCAUGAUCGCGCACCCCAAGCUCGACCCGGUCACCGGUGAGCUCCACGAGCUCAGCUACGACGUGAUCAAGAAGCCGUACCUCAAGUACUUUUACUUCAGGCCCGACGGGACCAAGUCGGACGACGUCGAGAUCCCGCUCGAUCAGCCGACCAUGAUCCACGACUUCGCCAUCACGGAGAAUUAUGUGGUAGUGCCCGACCACCAGGUGGUGUUCAAGCUCCAGGAGAUGCUGCGUGGCGGCUCGCCCGUCGUGCUCGACAAGGAGAAGACGUCGCGCUUCGGCGUGCUGCCCAAGCACGUGGCGGACGCGUCGGAGAUGGUGUGGGUGGACGUGCCGGACUGCUUCUGCUUCCACCUCUGGAACGCGUGGGAGGAUGAGGAGACCGGCGAGGUGGUGGUGGUCGGCUCCUGCAUGACCCCGGCCGACUCCAUCUUCAACGAGUCCGACGAGCGCCUCGAGAGCGUGCUCACGGAGAUCCGCCUCGACACUCGCACGGGCCAGUCGACGCGGCGCGCCAUCCUGCCGCCGUCGCAGCAGGUGAACCUGGAGGUGGGCAUGGUGAACCGCAACCUCCUGGGCCGCAAGACGCGGUACGCUUACCUGGCCAUCGCCGAGCCGUGGCCCAAGGUGUCCGGCUUCGCCAAGGUGGACCUCGCCACGGGCGAGCUCACCAAGUUCGAGUACGGCGAGGGCCGGUUCGGUGGCGAGCCGUGCUUCGUGCCCAUGGACCCCGCGGCCGCGCACCCCCGUGGCGAGGACGACGGGUACGUGCUCACCUUCGUGCACGACGAGCGCACCGGCACGUCUGAGCUCCUUGUGGUCAAUGCCGCCGACAUGCGCCUGGAGGCCACGAUCCAGCUGCCGUCCCGCGUGCCGUUCGGGUUCCACGGCACCUUCAUCACGGCCAAGGAGCUUGAGGCUCAGGCCUGAUCGAGCUUCCGUCCCGUUCCCCGCCUCCACGUUUCUUGGAGAGGAGCGCGAGGAAGAGAGGAGACAAGAGCGAGCCAUGGAGGGAAGAAGUCACCAGAGGGAGCCUUAGGCGUAGAGGAGGUCCCCGGAGUCUUCCCGUCCCCUACACAACAGUUACUGUUGGUGGUUGGUUUCUUUUUCAUUUUUAGCUCCGUUCACACUAGUGUAAGUAUAUUUUAGUGGUCAUAGUGGCAGACUAGAGAGAGAGUGUGUGUGGGACCCAGCUCGUAGCUUUUGUGUUGGUGCUUGCUUCUACCUGAGUUCAGCUGGUGCUUACUAGUUUA